UUAUUAGAAUUGUAAUGUAUUUUGUUUUUCUCGUUCUUUUUCGUCGAUUUAGUAAUUAUUUCUAUUAAGAUUGUGUUGAUAUGAUUUAAUCUGUCAGGAAGAAAAUCAUAAGUGGAGGGGAAUUGUUAAUAUAUAAUAAUGAGAGAAACGCCUUGCACGUGACUUGCGUGUGACUUGUUUGGUUCAUACGAUAGUUUUUAAAAAUAGUAAUAAACUUUUUAUACCAAGCAAUUUUUGAUAUUUAGUUGUAAAAAUUUCGUAAGCAGGUAAACAGUAUCAUUUUACUAUGACUAAGAAGAUAAUAUGUUUAUUUGAUGUCGAUGGCACACUUACGGAUCCUAGACAGGCAAUUAAACCAUCCGUGGAGAAGUUCCUCUUGGGGACUGUUAAGAAAGAGUUUGACUUAGCUAUAGUUGGAGGAUCAGAUUUAAAUAAGAUUAAAGAACAGUUGGGUGGUAAAAAUAUAUUUGAAAAGUACAAAUAUGUUUUUGCAGAGAAUGGACUUAUUGCUUUUAAAGAGGGUAAACAAUUACCUACAGAAACAAUUCAAAGUAUUAUUGGUGAAGAGGCAUUGCAAGAUUUGAUCAAUUUUUGUCUGAAAUAUAUAUCUGAAUUACAUCUACCUUUCAAGCGUGGAACUUUUAUAGAAUUUAGGACAGGAAUGCUUAAUGUAUCACCAGUUGGUCGUAAUUGUACUAAAGAAGAGCGUAUUCAGUUUUAUGAAUACGAUCUUGAGCAUCAAAUACGUCAGAAAUUUAUUCAAGCUAUCAAAAAGGAAUUUCCAGAUCUUGCUUUAACAUACAGUAUUGGAGGUCAAAUAUCUUUUGAUGUUUUUCCUAUUGGUUGGGACAAAACAUAUUGUCUAAGACAUAUUCAAGGAUAUGAAGAGAUACAUUUCUUUGGUGACAAAACAGCAGAAGGUGGCAAUGAUUAUGAAAUUUAUGAAAGUGAUUUAACUGUUGGACAUCGUGUAACUUGCCCAGAAGAUACAGUUAAUCAACUCAAUAUUCUUAUAGCAUUUAUUAAAGAAAAAAGAGAACGAGAACAAUUGGAGGUACCUAUGCAAUGUGCAUAAUGCAGUGAAUAUUUAAUGUACUAAAUAAUUUACUUAAAAAGGAAGGUACUUUUAUAUAUUUACGUUGAUUUGUUUUUCUGUUUUAUUAGUAAGCAUUCCAUUUAUAGUAUUACAUUUCCAACGUCAAAAGAAUUUUUGAAGGAAAUAUAGACAUGUAGGUACAAUUAAAAAAUUUAGAUUAUUAAAUCUUUAUUUUUAUCAAAUUGAUUAUUUCAAUUUGUUAAAAUAAUCAUAUGAGAAAUUGAAUUGUAAACUUCGUUUUUAAUGUUUUAUAAAGAACAUGCGUUAAAGUGUAAAAUUGAUGCAGUUGCUUGUAAUAUACAUUUGAAUGAAAUGAGAAUUAAUGUUAUAUAUAUAAACAUAAUAAUUUUAUUUUUUUAAAAUAAACUUAUGUGUUUACAUAAAUAUAUACAUAUUGUGUAUUAACAGUAACAACAACAUUGAUAUAAACUAUAUAUAUAAAACUCUGAAAUUGUUUAAAUCACGUAUAAAAAUACUUAAAACUAUGAACCUAACAUUAUUAUUUCUGUAUUGUAUUAAAUAUUAAUUUACUAAUUUCAUAUGUUUCUAUUUAAAUACAAGUAUGUUUGAACUUUCAUAAUGAUAUGUUGAUGAUCGAAAUUAAUCACAUUACAAUGAUGUAGUACAAGAAUGGCAUGUUUUUGCAUUUAAUCUCGAUUAAAAUGCACUUUCGUGAUAUGUAGAUAAUUAAGCGUAACAAACUUAUAAAAUACGUUGUAUUUCAUUUUUAUAUGUUUAAACUCCUUGAUAAAUGGGCAUACGUUUCGUCCCAAAUGCUGCAAGUCCUUCGAUUCUAUCUUUUGAAUCUACAACUGUGUUAUAACAUUGUUUUUCAAUUUCAAAUCCAUCUGUAAUAGGCAUUUGUAGACCUUUUGAUAUUGCUGUUUUUGCCAUUCUAAAAUAUGAUAAAAAUAAAAUAUAAGUAUUAUUUAUUAUGAUA